ACGCUCUCUCGUGACGAAAACCUAAUCUAUAUACACAUACGUAUUCUUUAAAGAAAAAAUUUAUUGUGCGCGUAAUUGUUAUGACAGUAUGGAAAGGAUAUCAUCGAAAAUACGGUAUAGUAAUAAACAUUCCACGAACAUUGGGGCAUAGUUAGCAUUGAUAAAUAAGGCAUAUUUGUGUAAAAGCCCUACAACUAAAAGGCAUACGACUCUACGCUAGACCGGUGAGUUCCAACACAAAAUAUUGCUUGGUAGUACGGCGGACACUCAAAGCCAACUAACCAUGUCUGUACAAAGUGUUGCUCUGGCAUCUCUCACGGCCACCUAUACCGACUCGGAGGGCGAAGACGGGGUGGAAGACGACCUUCAGGAGAAUUCGAACACUCCCCAGGGGGCCGCCCCGCAUAAUGCCCAAGUCGGUCAGCCCCAGGCUUUCACCAGUCCCAAAUCUGGCAGAUCAGCCUCAAAUAGUCCCGUCGUUGCUCCCAGCGUCGGUGGCAAGUCUAGUAACGAUUUGCCCAACGCGCCCACCUUAGUAACAGACGUGACGUCUAAGGUGCAAAGAUUGGUUUCGUACUUUGAUGACACAAUAGUCUCUGACGAGGAGGGAGUGGUACAAACACCGGUCGACGGACAACCUUUUGAAAACGGAAGGUCCUCCUCGAUUACGGAAUGCUCUCCCUCUUGUCAAGGAGAACAAUUAGUUUCAGAUAACGAGGUUGAUCCGUAUGGCGUCGCUAUACCACCCGAGCCACCGGGACAGUGUCCUGCAGAAUUACAAGAGAAGAUAACAAAACUUUUUAGGAAAAUGGAGAGUGGCGGUUUGGACAUGAACAAAGUUAUACAACAAAGAAAAGAUUUCAGAAAUCCAUCAAUUUAUGAAAAACUUAUUCAGUUUUGUAGCAUCAACGAACUGGGCACCAAUUAUCCACCGGAUAGGUUCGAUCCGUUUAAAUGGGGUAAAGAUUCUUAUUACGAGGAACUUGCCAAGGUACAGAAAGCGGAAAUGGAUAAACUUGAAAAAGCCAGAAAGGAGAAGACAAAAAUUGAGAUUGUAUCUGGUACCGCGAAACGACCAAAUAGUUCUAACACGACUGAAGAUGACGCUAAGAAAAGAAAAAGUAAAUGGGAUCAAGUGGCAACAGGAGCCACUGUUUCGGUAAAGCCUACUGUUUUAUUGUCUCAACCGACUCUUACCACCCUGACGUCAUCCGCGACUGGUACCAAAGCAACGCAAGUUAAUGCUUUGGAUAUUACUCCGGAUAAGCACGUAAUAGCUGCUGCUGGAUAUCAACACAUAAGAAUGUAUGAUUUAAAUUCCAACAAUCCGAACCCAAUUAUUAAUUACGAAGGGGUAUCGAAGAACAUUACAGGCUUAGGUUUUCAGGAAGAGGGUAAAUGGAUGUAUACCGGAGGUGAAGAUUGUUCAGCUCGUAUUUGGGAUCUAAGAUCAAAUAGUUUUCAAUGCCAAAGGAUAUUUCAAGUAUCAGCACCUGUAAAUUGUGUAUGUUUACAUCCUAAUCAAGCUGAACUUAUAGUUGGAGACCAAAGCGGUGUCAUACACUUAUGGGACCUUCGUUCGGAUCAUAACGAACAAUUGAUACCAGAUGCCGAAGUAUCCGUGCAGGACAUUGCGAUUGAUCAAGAUGGUACAUACAUGGCAGCGGUUAGUAAUAAAGGUUACUGUUACAUAUGGACCUUGACAGGUGGUGUUGGCGAAGAACCUACGCGACUUAAUCCGCGCCGUAAGCUUUCAGCGCAUAAACGUUAUGCGCUUCGAUGCAAAUUUAGUCCUGAUUCCACACUUCUAGUGACCACGUCUGCUGAUCAGACUGCGCGCGUUUGGAAAACCACCGAUUUUUCCGAAGUACAAGUGCUUCAACACGAAGCAAAACGAUGGGUCUGGGAUGCCGCAUUUAGCGCAGAUUCUCAAUAUAUAUUUACCGCCUCGUCUGACGGUGUAGCAAGACUGUGGAAUGUAUCGACAGGAACAGUGGAACGAGAGUAUCAAGGUCAUCAGAAAGCAGUUACUGCUCUUGCGUUUCGCGAUGAAGUACUUUCCGUUUCUUAAUCGCCAUUCUACGCGUAUUUAAAUUCGUGUGCAAAAUAUCGUACUUUCAUAUGUAAAUAUACGUACAUACGAAAGUUGUCUUGAUCUAUAAUUCGUACUGUAUUGUAAAUACCACUUUUCUACUUUAUAGAUUAUUUUUAUUUCAGUUUUA